AUGGCUGCCGCCAACCUCGCGACGUACUCAGACUGCGUCUCCUCCCUCCGCACAUCUCUCAAGUUCCUCGAAUCCUCAGUCGAAACCCUUGACAAUGGCGUCUCUGACUUUCCCCGCCUUGUCAACGUCCUGAAGACAGUCCGCCACUACGAACUCAUCCCCCAACCAACCCUCGCCGCCGCAGAAGCCUCCCUCCGCGAUGACAUAGGUCCAUAUAUCGCCCUCCUCCUCGCCCGCGCCGACUCGCAGAUCGAGCGUCAAGAGCGCCGCAUCGAGACUCUCAAGGCCCGCGCCGAGCUACAGCAGGGCCGCCUCGCCCGGCCCGACGACGACUUUGACGCAAAGCCCAAGAGGGGGGCUGGCUCCGGCAGCCGCAAGCUUACCGCCGAAGAGAGGCUCCGCGCCCGGGCCGUUCGGCAGAGGAAGGAGGCGCUGAGAUACGGCGUUGAGAGGCUUGAGCUCGAAGUCCUGCAGAAGGAGAGGGAGCUGAGGAAGCGGCUUGAGGGGUGA